UUUAUGAGACAAUAGAUCGAGGCGAGAAGAGUUAGUUACAUUGUUGUUGUUUACGAUACUCCCAUAAGCCGUGCCAAAGGUCUAGGAAAAACAGCAGUGGAAGAUGAUGAAAACUACCUGGCUCUUGGUAGUUUUCACUUUGUUAGUGGUGCUUUAUCAAGCAACAGCAGUUCCUGUAGCAUCAUCUUACAAGUUAGAAAAUGAAAAUUUUAUGGAGGUAAUGGAGGCUAAGGAGAAAGCUGAAGAGGCCAGUGACGACGACAAGGCCAAGGAUGAAGAGGAUGAAGAAGCAAGUAAGGAAGAUGAAGAGAAGGAAGAUGAAACCAAAAACGACGAAGACGAUAAGGACGAUGAAGACAAAAAGGAAGACGAGGAGAAGAAAGAUGAUGAUGACAAGAAGGAAGACGAAGAAAGUAAGGAUGAUGAUGAUGAUAAAAAAGACGAGGAAGAGAAGAAAGACGAUAAAGAAGAGGAAGACGACAAAGAAGAGGAACCUGAUCUCAAUGAUCAACAGAACGAUCAAGACUCGUCUGGGGAAGAAAAUGUAGAUCUUGAUUCCGAGCAUUUGGUGCUUCAGGGAAGCGGUAAUGGAAAAAUCAAAGGAGUUGUGAUUGAAGAUUCAGACAAAGAGAAGGACAAACCCGAAAAGCGUUCCGUGGAUGAUGACAAAAAGGCAGUGAAGAGCACACAAGUUCAAGAAAAACGGUGUGGUUGUGGUUCCUGGGGUGAACCAGGUGAGGGUUGCGGCUGCGGUAACUGCUGUGGCGGUUUCGAAUGCCCCCAAACUUGUGGAAGCUGUGGGUGCGGUUGUUGCCCGCAACUUAACUUCCCCGUCACUUUCGGUGCAUGUGUAAACAAUCCGUGCUGUGAAUGUUGUCAGAAAAAACCACCGAAGGGAAAAUGUCAGUGGCCUUGCAUGUGGCCCUGCUGCUGCGAAUGCGAUCCACCCAAGUUUAAAUUCACGCCGCUCAAGCCCAAGCCAAUGUGUCAUUGUCCUAACUCUCAUGGAUGCUGCGGCGGAAAGAAGAGUGUAGGUCCUGUAAAAAGAGCUGAUGUCAAAAAGCGGUGCGGUUGUGGCUUCGGAUAUGGUGGUUAUGGAUAUGGCGAUUUUGGUGCCGGUCUUGGUUAUGGACCUUUCGGUGGAUAUGGACCCUACGGAUAUGGCCCCUACGGAUAUGGCGGAUAUUUGCACGGUCUUGGUCCAUUCAAUGGUGGCUUCCCCUUUCCAUUAUACUAGGUCCCUUGAUCAUUGGCAAAAUGUCACCUCGCGAGGAGUAGUUUCUCGACGUAUGCUCUGUCUGGACAAUUUUUAAAAUGAGCGAAAGCCUCGAAAUAAUUUUUACAUGUAAGAAAAAAAUGUAACAAAGCAAUAUCCCCCGAUGAGGCAAAAUAAUAAUUAUCAAUUACGAAAGAAAAAGUCGUUUCCAGCGAGAAACGUGUCCUUGAAGAAACUAUUUUUGAAAAAUAACAUUUAAUCACCCAUCAUUCCAUCAUCCUGCAUGAGCUUACCAACUCGCAUGAACGCAUGCUAGUAAAUAAAAUGAAUCAAUUUUGUGGUGGUUAAUGUC